UGUUUGUGUAAACAAGAAUUUCUGUUGUUUAAAAGAUCUAUAAAAGGAAGGGAAUGAAAGAAGAUUUGCAGAGAAAACUUGAGCUAUGAAUUUUGGAGUGUUUUUAAUUCCAUAAAAGAACUUGAUUCAUGUCCACUCCCUCCUUCUCCCUCUUAUCUUCAGUUCUUCCCUAAAUUUCCCUUUUUAAUCUGCUCUCUUCAUUUCACUCUUUUCUUGAUUUAAUCCUUUUGAACUGAAAAUGGAGUUUCAUCGGCAUACGGAGGACGACGACGAGGAGGAGGAAGAAGACGACGAGGAAACUGGGAUUCAGCGGACGUCCGGGAGGAUGAACGGGGGCAUUGCAGGGUUUCGAUACUUGGAGUGCUUGAAGAAUCACGCAGUCGGCAUUGGAAAACAAGCAGUGGACGGAUGUCGAGAGUUUAUGGCGGCCGGCGGUGAAGGCACCUUGGAGGCACUGAAAUGCGCCGCCUGCAAUUGUCACCGGAACUUCCACCGGAAGGAACCGGAACAUCCCCAAGCUAGCUUUCAACACCACCAGAUACCACCGCCUGCAACCUACUAUUACCACCACAGGCCUGUUGGUUACCUCCAUGUGACGACGCCAUCGUCGUCUCACCCCCACCGUCCUCCGCUUGCUCUACCGUCAACCUCGAGGGACAAUUUAGAAGAGAUAUCAAAUCCUAACUCAGAAGGUUCAAAGAAACGAUUUCGAACAAAAUUCACAGAAUCUCAGAAGGAACGGAUGCUAUCUUUUGCGGAGGGGUUAGGGUGGCGCAUUCAGAAAGAAGAGGAGGCUGCUGUUCGACAAUUCUGCGAGGAAAUCGGCAUCAAACGGAAAGUUCUCAAAGUCUGGAUGCACAACAACAAGCACACACUCGGUGUCACCGUUUCAUUAAUACAAGGAGUUAAUUAGCACCAACACACGGAUAACAUUUCAAACUUCCAUAUAUAUAUCUCCGAAAAGCUUUUAUAUUUGAAUUUCAACAAGCUAUUAAUUGUUUCUUUUAAAGUUAUGUCUCCUUCAUCAAAAAGUCCUUUACAUUUGUUGGUCAAUCCAAAAAAUCCAUAUCAUAUCAUGAUUAUGUAUAAAACCAAAUUUAUUGAAACUUCUUUAGCU